AUGACUGGCCCCACUGUAGCCCAUCCUACUCUAUUGCUUGGCGAUAUCAGCGCCGGCUGUGUCUUAUAUCUACCCCCUUUCGACUCACGCUAUCCUGAUUGCAUGUGUACCUGUUGCUAUCCUUCCACUUCAGUGGAUGAAGGAGCAUACAGUCACCCUGUUGUUGUGUUGUGGAUUGAUCUUCAGGGGAGAACUGGCAGACAGGGCGAUGUCCAUUUCUUACUGUGUGCUUCAACAAUUCGUGAUGACCCAAGAAAGCACUACACACCGAUUGGCGUCAAUCUAAUCGUCUCGGAAAGUGAAGACGUGAACGAUGAUGGAAGAGCUCGAUAUUGGCUUGAGAAUGGGAAAUCCUUGAGGAAGCCUACCAAAAUCCAAGUUGAUCAUAUAUUCGUCCUUCCAUUUACCCGCUUCCGGGUAUUUGAUGAUGCCAAGUCCGGAUUCGACUAUCGACUCGAUGGAGGCUCAUAUCAAAGACUUCUAAAGAGAAUCGGAUCACCAAUACGAAAUGUCGUCUCAACGUCUCGACUCGGAGCUAUAGCCAUGACUGCCCCGGUUUCAAAAAAGGAACCAGAGGACGAACAGCUUUUGUCAGAUACUGCUAAAUCUUCCGCCGGUCUUUCCGCCUUCCGUGUUAAAUCCUCUGGCGCGACCGUUCAUGCUCUCCAACGCCCCUAAGAGAGACUAUUCUCCUCUGCGCAACUCGGGCGGGUCCUUCAACGACAGUGCAAUAUCCACUCAAACCAAUAAAGGUGUCUGGCCUCCCAGUCCAAUCCAAGCAAAGAGUAAAAUCGAAUGUCAGCAAGAACGCGAAGACAGUUCAACAUGUUAUGUAGAUAACGACCCUCAGACUUCCAACUCGGAAGGCAAUUCAUGCGAAAAUCUCGGGUCUAAUUCAUCCUGGCCAGAGAGCCUUUGAUCAGAUUCCGGACUUUCUUCUAUUGACCUUGCUGACAUCGAACUCGUCAUUCUUGGUGAGUCAUCAUUAGUUGGAGAAUCUCCCACUCUGGCUCCAUCGACGAUGACCGCCAGCCCCAGCCAAGAAGAUUCUGAUUCCGCACCGUCACGUCAACUUACAGUCGCUGGUACUUGGCGAGCUCGGUGGGAUGAACAGCGUCG